UACAUCAAUUUCUAAUAAGAUGAACAUGAAAAUUUGGAUUUGAUAUGUUUGGAAAUGAUACUCUUCAGGAUGUUAUGGCCUCAACGAUAGCCGCGAAGUAUGAACCAGCCAUGUCUCUGAACGGGACCACAUAUGUGGGCGGGGGGGUACUUAUCCUCACUCGAACGUUGACGGGUGAAUCAGUUGAGAUGAUCGACGAACCGAAAACAAACAAAACGAUAGACAUAAUAGACGUGAAAUUAGUUCAGGUCGCCUUUUGCAUUCUCUACACAAUAAUCUUUGUUCUGGGCGUUUUCGGAAAUGUCCUUGUUUGCUAUGUGGUUUUCCGCAACAAAGCUAUGCAAACAGUCACGAACCUUUUCAUAACGAACCUGGCUUUAUCAGAUAUAUUGCUGUGUGUCUUCGCCGUUCCUUUGACGCCAAUGUAUACGUUUUUGGGACGAUGGGUGUUCGGGAGAUUGCUCUGUCAUCUGAUGCCGUAUGCACAAGGAACAAGUGUGUACAUAUCCACGCUGACGUUGACUUCAAUAGCCAUAGAUAGAUUUUUCGUGAUAAUAUACCCGUUUCACCCUAGAAUGAAACUGAACACUUGUAUUUUUAUUGUCAUUUUCAUAUGGGUGUUCUCUUUGGUUGUAACAUGUCCUUACGGACUAUUCAUGGGUAUACAGACCACCAACAACGAGACGUAUUAUUGCGAAGAAAGUUGGCCCUCAGACAGAUCUAGAAAAAUAUUUGGCGUAUUUACGACAGUUCUUCAGUUUUUAAUACCCUUCUUAGUAAUAGCUGUAUGCUACACGUGUGUGAGUAUAAGAUUGAAUGAUCGGGCUCGGUCAAAACCAGGUGCUAAAAAUAGCAAAAGGGAAGAAGCGGACAGAGAUAGGAAAAGGUGUACUAACAGAAUGUUAAUUUCAAUGGUCGCGAUAUUUGGAAUCUCGUGGCUUCCUUUGAACUUGAUAAAUAUAUUCAACGAUUUUUAUGCUCAGAUGACUGAGUGGAACUAUUACUUCGUGUCAUUCUUCUUGGCCCACUCUAUGGCCAUGGCUUCGACUUGCUAUAAUCCAUUUCUUUACGCCUGGUUGAAUGAAAACUUCAGAAAGGAAUUCAAGCAGGUGUUGCCCUUUUUCGAGUCGAAUGGAGGCGUAAGGAAUAGUUACCAUCCAGGACGUGUGCCACCCCACAAAACUAACAAGAACGUUUGUAAUGGCAACGAAACUAUACAGGAAACUUUACUGGCGUCCUCGUUCAAUAGGGGACCUUCAAUCAAACAGAGAUUCGAAGGGAACGGGAAGAAAGAUAAUGGAAUCGAAGUUGAAAACAUUUUGUUGGAGGACAAAACAAUCUCAGCUACUUUUCAUACAAAGACCGAGAACGUCAAUUUACAACUGAUCGAUGAGGAGUCACAUUUCAGCGAUCACAGAGACACAAAGUCACCGAUAUAAAGGUACCGCCGAAACGCCACAAAAAACUAUUCAUAGCAGUUCUUCAAAAUUU